GAGAGAGAAAUCGUAAUGAGGAAGUUGCCAAGACGGACUUAACAACUCUUUCACCACCUCUACCAGUCAGUUAUCUUUUGUUGUGCCCUGCUAUCUGACUGAAGUAGACGGCCAUUGCACGAGUGUCUGUUCGAGUGUGUGCCCUCAGCAAGUGUUUGUCCUCCGAGUCCCAGCUUUGCCAGUCCACAGCCUGAGGGAGAGAUGCUGCUCUACCUGGCUCUUCUACUGGGGGUGCUGCACUGUGCAGCCCAAGACUGGGGACCACCUGUGAUCAAGCUAAACUACACAGCCGUUAGCACUGCUGAAAUCGCGAUACCCGUCGGUUCGCGUUUCCUCCUGAGUUGUGAAGGUGACAGCACUGUGUCCUGGAAGACCUGGCCACGCACCCAAAAGCAUCACAUGACGAAGUCCAAGAGCAUCAAAGUCAAGAUGGCCGCCACAAGGAACACAGGGGGAUACGUAUGUGUUUACGAUCAGCAGCCACAGCUACAAUCUGAGGUCUACAUCUAUAUAACAGGUGGUGAUUUGUUCACAACCCAGAUGCCCACUGUGGAGAUGGUUGAUGAGGGGUCGACGUAUACCUUUGACUGUUCGUUGACGGAUCCCAAGGCAACAGACUUUUCUCUCCUUCGGUCCAAUGGCAGUGCUGCUCCAUCAGACCUGAACUACACCGUUGAUCCAAAGAAGGGGAUCCACACCAGAGAUCUCCUCCCCCACCACACCGGCGAUUACGUGUGCAGUGCAGUGUCCCAUGGACAACGUAGACAGUCCCAUAUGUAUUCCCUAAUAGUCAAUGCAAAAAUCCGCUCUCCGCCAAAGGUGAUGAUUGCCUUCAAGGAGGCUGUCCGUGUUGUUGGAGAGGAGCUGCGAGUACAAUGCAACGCCACCAGCCGCAAACACCCUACCAUGACCUGGACACACAGCUCAUCUCACAGAGAGAUGAAACACAAAGAGUUCAGCACUACCAUUGGAGAGGUUCACAUAGCCAGUAUACUGACCAUCCCCUCUGUGAAUCUCUCUGACUCUGGGAACAUCACCUGCACAGCCAGUAAUGUUGUAUUUGAGAACUCUGCCAGUAUGUACCUUGAAGUUCUUGAAAAGCCAUACAUCAAGUUUGCUCCCCUCUCACCGUCCUCAACGUUUGAUGAUGAUGAUGUGGUGGAUGUCAUAGUGGGAGAGGGGGGUAACAUUGAUUUCGGUGUGCAAAUGACAGCAUAUCCAGAGAUCAAGGACUACUGGUGGGAAACACCUGAACUGUCCAACACUUCAAACCAGGAAAACACAUCGUCUCCCAUCAAACAUGGAUACAAAAAUGUGCGGCUUCUGAGAAAAGUUCAGUGGGAAGAUCAGGGCUUAUACACCAUCUACGCCAGGAGUGACAAAGUCAAUGCUUCAUUUAGCUUCAAUAUCUCUGUCUUUUAUAAGCCAAGUGUCUCGGUGCGAUGGCAUAAUGGCUCACUGAUCUGUGAUGCCUCCGGUCAUCCUCUACCCACUGUUCACUGGUAUCAGUGUGCAGAGAUACGACCCAUAUGUGAUGCAAACUCCAGCCUUAUGGAGGAAUCCUUCUUCUCCCAGACCACUGUGGUGAGAAGAGAUCCGUCUGGGAGGGGACAUGUGGAAAGUGUUCUUCAUGUGAACCACACAAACAACAGAAUGACCAUACAGUGCUUAGCGAAGAACCAUGCAGGAGAUGGCAUGGACAAAUUUUCUUUGUACUUCACCACCAGCGAACCCUCAGUUGUAAUAUCCAAGAUUUUCACACCAACCCUCAUUGCUGCGUCUUGUUUAGUCGGAACAUUGAUUGUCCUGCUAACAGUUGUUAUCUACAAAUGCAAACAGAAACCUAAAUUUGAAAUCAGGUGGAAGAUAAUUGAAGUCAACGAUGGGAACAACUACACGUUUCUUGACCCAACCCAGCUUCCGUACAAUGAGAGGUGGGAGUUUCCCCGUGAAAGGCUGAGGCUUGGCCAAGUGUUGGGUGCGGGAGCCUUUGGGAAGGUUGUGGAGGCCACUGCUUACGGACUCGGCACAGGCGAAGAUGUCACUCGUGUGGCAGUGAAGAUGCUCAAACCCACAGCCCAUUCAGAGGAGAGGGAUGCUCUACUGUCAGAGUUGAAGAUCCUUAGUCAUUUAGGACCACACAGCAACAUUGUGAACUUGCUGGGGGCCUGCACACAAGGAGGGCCCAUGCUGAUGAUCACUGAGUACUGUGGUCACGGCGAUCUGCUGAAUUUCCUUCGCAGCAGAGCUGAGAUGUUCGUCACGUCAGUGUGGGGUGUGACCAGCCUCUACAAGAACAUCAGCGAGGACCAGCGCCACAGAAGUGACAGUGGCAUCUCCUUCUCUGGGUCCGACUACCAGGACAUGACUCAGGCCCAGCAGAAGCCCAGGCACCCGUCACUGGAUUGCCACCCAGAAGCAGAUUCUAGAAUGUUUGGCAUAGAGGACCUUCUGCGCUUUUCUUAUGAUGUGGCGCAGGGCAUGGACUUCCUCACCUCUCGUAACUGUAUCCAUAGAGACGUGGCUGCCCGAAACGUUCUCCUGACCGAAUCCUGUGUGGCCAAGAUCUGUGACUUUGGGCUAGCCAGAGACAUUAUGAACGACUCCAACUAUGUGGUCAAAGGAAACGCGCGUUUGCCAGUCAAAUGGAUGUCGCCGGAGAGCAUCUUUGACUGCGUGUACACGGUGCAGAGUGACGUCUGGUCUUAUGGCAUUCUACUGUGGGAGAUAUUCUCUCUUGGUAAGAGCCCCUAUCCUGAUGUGAUGGUGAAUUCACGAUUCUAUAAAAUGAUACAAGAUGGGUAUCAGAUGUCUCAGCCAGACUUUGCACCUCCAGAGAUGUACUCAAUCAUGAAGAUGUGCUGGAAUCUGGAACCAACCCAGAGGCCAACAUUCAGUGAAAUUGGAAAGCACAUUGAACAAUUACUACCCGACCAUCCUCAUCAACAGCAGCAGUACAGGAACCUGCAGGAGGCCCUGGAGGAGUCGGAGAUGGAGGAGCUGUGUGAGGGCGAGUGUGAGUGUGAAGGUCAGGUGCUCCGGGAGGGAGGGGGCUAUGAGCCCCUAUCAGAACACAACGCAGAGGAGCAGCAGCCACUCAUGCCAAACAACUACCACAUCUGCUGAGGGGAACGGACAAGGGUUUUUGUUUUUACACACAUAUUGUAUAUUUGUAAAUAUUUCAUGUUCCAACUCACACAUAUACCGUACAAGCAUACAUAUUUAGGCCUUACUAUAAUGUUUUGUACAUGCUGCAGUGACUGUUAGGAUUCAUAUUUGUAGUAGAGUUGUGUAGAAUAGAGUAGAGUACCUUUUAUCCAUCCAAAAGGAGAAAUUGAGGUGCCAAAUAGUUUACACAUAAUAAGCAUACAGAAUAUUUCAAGACAGGUAAUACAAGGCACACCUACACAUAGGCUUACAGACAUUAAGACAGACAACCAUGUGAAACAGUUCCUCACACAUACCAGCAUCAAACUAACUAACCCAGAAGGAAAACGUCUAGAGAAGGUGCAAAACCACAAGGGCUGAAUGACCACAGGCACGCUUGCACCUUGCAUAUACUGUACACACACAUCCACAGCGAGACAGAUUUUAUUCACAUGUAAAUAAUGUCAUAUACAGCAAUUAUAUGCAACAGUGUAAUAUAACUUGUGCUCUCUUGAAUGUGUAUAAUAGAAGUGUGCACCAUUGUUAUGAAUGAUAUGAGUGUCCUUUUCAUAAGCUUUUCUCAUUCCAUUGAUACAUUUUUUACUCAUUUACUUUAACAUAGUCUGCAACAAUGUCAUCAUGAUGGAUUUAUAUAGACAUUGUUUAAUUCUCUUAAUAUUUUGAAACAACCUGCUGAACUUUAACAUGACUAAGCUAUAUA